GCGGGUCCCACUUCCGGUGCCUCCGGUUCCGGUUCCGCCAUGGGCGCGCACCUGGCGCGCCGGUACGUGGGGGGGGCGGACUCGGAGCCGGACCCACUGCGCAUGCCCACGUUCCCCCCGGACCUGGGGCUGCCGCAGCGCCGCCCGCGCGCCCCCCCCGCCCCCCCCGAGGUGCUGUCCCUGGCUCGGCUGCCCCUCUCCCAGCGGGAUUUCUGCUCUCACCAUCUCCUGGCUCUGCUCCGGUGCCGCCGAGAGACCUUCCCGGAGCCCUGGAGCUGUGGGGAGCUCAAGCACCAGUGGGACAGCUGCGAGCACCGAGAUUACGUGAUGCGCAUGAAGGAGUUUGAGCGCGAGCGUCGGCUCCUCCAGCGCCAGAAGCGGCGGCGGCAGCGGGAGGAGGCGGCGGCGGCGGCAGAGCCCGCGUGACCCGGACCCACGUGACCCAGGCCUGACCCCCCACGUGACCCAGGCCUGACCCCCACGUGACCCAGGCCUGAGCCCCCACGUGACCCAUGCAUGACAGGCACGUGACAACCACGUGACACAGGCGUGAGGCCUCAAUAAACACACGGAGCUCUC